AUGGCGAAGAUCUAUUAUUGUACCUAUUUGUGUCCUCCACAGCGGUACCCUGAGAUCGAGAAGUUGGCCCUCGCCCUUGUUAUUUCGGCUCGGAAGUUGAGACCUUACUUCCAGUGUCAUACCAUCAUUGUGCUGACCAACCACCCAUUGAGGCAAGUCCUGCAAAAGCCUGAGACGUCAGGUCGGCUCAUCAAAUGGUCAAUUGAACUAGGUGAAUUUGAUAUCAUAUACCGCUCACGAGAAGCAAUCAAGGCUCAAGCUGUGGCCGAUUUUCUUUCUGAGUUCACCGAUGUACAACCACCACCAUUACCAACAGAUCAGCUUGAGAUGAGCAUGGAGAAGAAGAUACGACCUAACCUUCCACUUUGGAUUCUACAUGUUGAUGGUGCUUCAAAUCAGCAAGGAAGUGGGGCAGGGUUGGCCUCGAAUAAUGAAGCUGAGUAUGAGGCACUCCUUGUAGGGCUUCGCCCAGCCUCCGAGCUUGGGGUUUAA